CUGUUUGAAGGCUCUACUAGAGUGAACAGUUUUCAGGGUUUCUGGGUGACCGUACCACAGAUAGGCACGUCAUUCAUUUACACCACCGUCUACGAGAAGUUACGAGCUGUUCUACAACAGGAUUUCGGUAUGAAGUCUGUGGCCGGCAUUUCUAGCAUAUCCGGUGGAGCAGCAAGUUUUGCAUCUCAGGUGAUUUUUGUGCCCACCGAUAUCAUAUCCCAGUUCAUGAUGGUAUACUACAACGCCGAUAAGUUCAUCUCAGGAAACGACAAGGCUGUUAUCGAGUACUUACGUAAUGAAAAGAACCCUCGUCUAACACUGGGAUUACGUUGUCUAAGAGCAAUAUAUAAAGUUGAUGGGCUGAAAGGAUUCUAUCGGUACGGUUCUUUCAAGGUUCUUACGUCUAGUGAUCGUUGA